AGAACUUUGCAAAGAGAAGGGGAAAAAAAAUGUUUUGGUCCGAGCCCGACGAGGAGGAGGAGGCGCUUCUUUGCAGCCCGGCUCUAAUGGCCAGGAGAGCGUCCGAGUCCUGGAUCGUCGCGCCCCCUGUCGAGGCGAUGCCGGUCGCAGCAAUGACCCUUCAACGAAAAAAGUCACUGCCGGAUGUGGCCCAAGGUAUUCAAUUAACAGCAACAACACCAUUAUCGAGGGAAGAAGUUAGUGUUCUAAGUAGUAUGAGGAGAGAAGAAAUCCGUAGGCAGAUCGACGAGAGCGAAAGGCUCAGGGCCAAUCCUCUUCUCUACCUGGUCAGUCCUCAGGUCAAAGACUGGUUCUCCCGGCAACAGCUGGUAAUGCUGGUGCUCUUCAUCAACAUAUCCUUAGCCCUGAUGUUCUUCAAGUUGCUGACGUAGCAGCCAGCCAAUGAUCGGGUUCACGGACUCGUGGUAGACGUGACCUGAGACCUCAGGGUGUCUCGAGACGCCCUGGGUCGUCAAACGUGGCAUAAAUUUCUCGAGAGAAAGGAAAUAUCAAGAAAGGAUGGUAAGGUAUGAUGCCACACACCUGACCGUUGAAAACGGCUUUUUCGAACGACCGAGAAAGAGAAACGGAAAGACAGAAGGGAGAGGGAGAGAGAGAGAGAGAGAGAGAGAGAAGAAGAGAAAGGGAACGAGGAAGGAGAAUCCCAUAUUCGUGUCCUUGAAGAGGAACGAUUUUGUGAAAAAGUUCCAUUGUGGGACCUGCUUCAAACGGAGAAAGGAAGGAAAAACACAAAAAAAAGAAAUAUAAACAACAAGUUAAUGGAUGAUUUUGCGGUGUAUAAGAUUGUCGUCUAGAUGGUUAAAAAAAGAAUAAAAUAUGAAAAAAGAGAAAAAAAAAUUUUACAGAAACGAAGAUAAAUAACAAUAAGAGAAACAAUUUCGGGAUUAUUAUUUUUAAACCCGAUGGAAAUUUUGAAGACGAGGUCCAGAUUUCAAGCGAAACAUUGAUUCAAUAUAUACAUAUACAUAUAUAUAUACAUAUAUAUAUAUAUAUAUAUAUAUAUAUGUAUGUAUAAAAAAAAGAAAAAAUGGUGAAAGGAGAAAUAAUAGAGAGAAAAAAAAGUAUAUUAUAAUUUAACAGGCGCGUAUCACGAGUAAAAGAAAAUAAUCGAUUUGAUUUAGAAAAUGGGUCGUCGACGACCCUUUAUCAUACCUAUUUUUACACAGAUAUUUUAAUAAGACUACUACUACAAUUACUUAAUAUUUACUACAACUACUACUUCUAAUUGUAAGAGUAGCUCGAGUCUUGUUUAUAGUUAAGCCGAAUUAACGCGGCCGAAUGAUUAUGCGCACACGAAUUCCUCUUUCUUUAAAUUAAUUAUUAUAUAUACAGCGUCGUCUUUUCUUUUUUGUUUUCCUUAUCAAACGAUCGACUUGAAGGCGAGAAUUAUUGGCUAGAAUUAAAUCUCGAUACGAUCUUCUGUAUGUAUGUAUGUAUGCGUACGUAUCAAUUUUGAAACAUACAAUGAAUCGAUAUGAAUACAUAUGAAUGAACGAUAGAAUUCAUUUUAAGGAAGAACGAAAUAGACGUUCCUAUAUUUAGCAAAAAAAAAAAAAAAGAAAAAACAACAAAAAAAUUGUUUCAUCGAUCGAUGAAAAAAAAAGGAAAAAAAAAACAACAACAACAAAAGAAAAGAAAAGAGAAUGAAAUUAUGGCAGUGAUUUUGGAAAUUAGCAGAAAAGAUUUUAUCGAAUAAGAAGAAUUUUGUCGGGUACAUGGAAUUAAAUUUUGCAGAGUAAUUUUUAUGAGGGAUAAAGGAAAGGAUUAUUAUUAUUAUCACUACUAUUAUCAAGAGCGAGGUCUAACAAUGAAAAAUAUUUUUACAGCAAAAUGUUCGGAGUUUUUGAGAUAAACGAAGACGAUCGAACUGUGAAGAGCUUUCAAAAGGCGUCAUAUCUUUUUUAAAAAAGGACGUAAAUACGAACAUGUUUUUUCUAUCGCGUAGCUUUGCUAGAUAAACGGUCGGUCGAAUACGACACGAUUGGAGAAUGUGUAAUUGGAGGAUAUAUAAUAGAUAAUUUAGCGAGACGCGUUAAUUUAGAAAUUUUUUGUAAAAAUAGAAAAAGAAGAGAACGAAGAAGAGAACACACGCUCCGAAUCGUCACGAGCUAUUUGUAACUUUUUUCGUGGCGUCGAGCUAAUUCUUAAUGGAUUGAUCUACGGCUCGAAUGCAUUAAUAAGAUUCGUGGACGUAGCUUGGGUAUAUAGAAGCGAUGCUGAUUUCGCGAAGCGUUCGCAUAAUUUGUGCCGUUAAAUCGUUGGUGAAACUGGUGAAAGAAGAAGAAAAAAAAAAGCAAGAGAAAAGAUGAAAAGAAAGAGAGAAAGAGAAAUAUUAUUCAGCUUCUUUUUCCUGAUAAAACACACAAUUAUAGACCGGUGCGAUUGUCCAACGUAAAUUGAACGUAUGUAAAUCUUUUCAAAACGCGAAACUUCCUAGGCGAAAUAGCGUUAAAAAUAUAAAUAGAAUUUGUAGCUCGACGAUACGCGUAUCUGAUUAUUUACAUCUCAGACGGAACGAGAAACGAGAGGAAUAUGAAAAAGAAAAAGAGAGAAAAAGAAAUGUUAUUAAUUGCUAAGCUGAUAGAUAGUUGAGCUCAGGUAGGUUUCGUGAUUAAUAUCUCAUAGACAUGUCUGGCGGAUAUUUAAAUAGUCAAAUUCAAAAUAGGAUUAAUUUGUUAUCGUGCGGAGCGUUUGAGAAUUGUACUUGAGUAUUCAAGUCGAAUUGAUGAUCUCGAUAGAAAAAGAAAAAAGAAAGAAAAAAAUAAAGAAAGAGAAAUGAAAGAAGAAUUAUCGAGUUCUCUCUAUAUUAAAGAAUAAAAAUAAAAAUAAUUUACGCACCGUAAUUUUUUGUAAUCAAUGAUAAAUAUACUCGAGUUACUUCAAAAGAUGCUCCAUGCUCUCACAGUGAUAUUAUAUAAGAGAAAAUGAAGGACAGUAAUGUUGUCUCUCUUUUGUACGACAUUCGAAAUUAUUCGAAAAUGUCGAUUACGGAAAUUCCUCCUUCCCGUUCUCGAGUGUUUGCAUUUUUCCAGCCUCGAGCAUAGCUGAAAUAUUUAAAGAUACAUUUGUAAAUAAAAACGAAGGAAGGAAAAAAAAUAAAACGUAUACCGUAUCCGUUCAAUCGUGCUCGUACUUCUAUCGAUCUAUCGAUCUUUCCACGAAGUGUCUUAAGGAAAAUCUUUGUUGGAGCCUUCGACGAAUCUAACGAGCAUCCUAUAUGCAUAGAAAGAAGAAUUUAAUAUGUGCUAAUAUGUUGAUAAGAUCUACAUUGGACGACACACAAUACAUUUUUGUCGACUUUCUUAAAAAAAGAGGAAACACAAAAUGAAGAAACAUAAGAGAGAAAGAGAAAGAGAGAGAGAGAGAGAACGUGAGAGAAAAUAAACAAUGCUGAACAUAUAACAAUACAAAAAAUGAAUAGAUAUUCGAUAGUAAUCUCAAGAUUAGUAUAAUUUCGCGAGAAUUAUCUCGUUUUACCAAGACGAGCACGUAAAACGGAACGUUUUGGAGUUAAGGGAAUUUCAAUUCGUCAAACAUAAUAGAAUAUUUUCGAUGGUAUAGCUUUUAAUGUAAGCGCUAAUGAAGUUGUCAUUUUUUAAAUGAAAAAAAAAAAAAAGAUAUAGAUGAGAAUGAGGAAUAAGAAAGGAAAAAAGGAAACAUGAAAAAAACAAAAUCUUGUUUUUCUUCUUUCCCGAAUGCGUCGAGCUCAAAUGACUCUUCGAAUUUGUUAAUCUAACAAUAAAAAAAAAAACAAAAAAAAAAACAAAAAAAGAAAAAAAAUGUAUCUGGGAACACGAGUAUUGAUAGGGAUGCUGAAAGAAAAAUAGAAAAAGGGAGUUAACACAUGUGCGUGUGUAUGUUUUUGAAAAUAAGAUUACUUAAUGAAAGGCGUGUGUAUCGAUAAUUGGAAUACGAUUUGAAGGAUUUUCUGUUUUUCCUUACAAGCCGCAUUCAUGCAUACACACAUAUACAUAUUCGUAAAUAUAUAUAUAUAUGUGUAUAUAAAUUUACGUACACACCUACAUACUAGCGCAAACAUCACUCACUUGUGCCGAAUCUUGUAUUAUGACAUAUAUAUAUAUAUAUAUAUAUAUAUAUAUAUA